AGUUACAUUACACCAUAAUUGAAGUCGGUACAAAACGACAUCGAGACCCGUGCAACAUGCCGUCGAACAGUGGAACCAUUAACAAAGACUUGCAGGCGGAGCGGGACAAGUGCACGUUCAACAACGAAGAGUUUACCCUGUGGUGGGUCGGUGGUGAAACAAAGCUGAAAGAGAAGCGAUUCCGAGAGGACUUCUUUCUCAAUGAUCCCGAGCUGCAGGAGAAAGUGCCUCUGCACUUCCUUUCCCACAAGGAGUUGUACGAGGAAUCGGUACGCAAGGCUACGGUUGCGUUCCGCAAGGUUCGCCAGCUGCAGGAUGGUGUAGAUAACUACUCGUAAUAUACUUUUAGUGCCUUGCUAGGUGGCCUGCUCGGGACAGGUAUCCUGAAACAGGGUAAUCCACUAACCGUGCACUACGUGAUGUUCCUACCGGCUAUCCUCGGGCAUGGCACUCCGGAACAGCAAGCCGAAUGGUUCGGACGCGCCUGGAACUGUGAGGUAAUUGGAACGUAUGCACAAACCGAGCUCGGACAUGGAACGUUCCUGCGAGGACUGGAAACGACCGCAACGUACGAUGAGCAAACGAAAGAGUUUGUCCUGCACAGUCCAACGCUAACGGCGUACAAAUGGUGGCCAGGAGGAUUGGCACAUACAGCCAACUAUUGUGUGGUAAUGGCGCAGCUUUACUCCAAAGGAAACUGUCACGGUAUUCAACCGUUCAUCGUGCAGCUGCGUGACGAAGAGACGCACAUGCCGCUGAAAGGCAUUACGAUCGGCGAGAUCGGCAACAAGCUUGGCAUGAACGGUGUAAACAACGGUUUCCUUGGAUUCGAUAAUGUGCGCAUUCCACGCAAGAAUAUGCUGAUGAAGAACGCCAAACUGUUGGAAGAUGGAACGUUCGUGAAGCCACCAUCGCAAGCACUCACCUAUGGCACGAUGAUGUUUGUACGUGUCGUGAUUUGCCGUGAUAUGGCGGCUUACCUAUCGAAAGCGGUAACGAUCGCGGUUCGCUACUCAGCCGUACGCCGCCAGAGUCACAUCAAUCCUGAUCAACCGGAAGUGCAAGUAAUCGAUCACUUGACACAACAGUACAAGCUGUUCCCGGCCAUCGCCAAGAGUAUCAUCUUCAAGCUAACGUCCGACAAUCUAUGGGAGAUGUACAAUCAGGUAACGUCCGAGCUAGACAAGGGUGACCUGGAACGAUUGCCCGAACUGCACGCUAUUGCUUGUUGUCUGAAAGCGGUCACAACAGCGGAUGCAGCCACCGGUGUUGAGGUUUGCCGGCUGGCAUGUGGUGGUCAUGGCUACAUGACGUGCUCCAACUUUUACGGUACGUACGGUAUGGUAACGGCCGCCUGUACCUACGAGGGCGAAAAUACAGUUCUGCUGCUCCAGACUGCACGCUAUCUGAUGAAAGCAUGGCAACAGGCACUCCGCGGCCAGGAACUGGUGCCAACCGUGCAGUAUUUGGCCCGCUUUUUGAGCAGCAAAAACCGGCGCAUGGAAUGGGAUGAUUCGAUCGGUGGAAUUAUUCGCGCACUGCAAACCGUUGCCGCUGGCAAAUUGCGCCUAGCUGCGGAACACAUUGAGCAGCGUCAGAAGCGUGGUGUUACGCUAGAGGAAGCAACGAACCAAACCUCGAUCGAGCUGGCACGCACAGCCGACGCACACUGUCGCGCAUUUUUGGUGCAGUCCGGGUACGAGAUGAUCGAAAAGGGUUGCGAAACUGUAUCGCCCGAAGUGGCCAAGGUACUGCGCACCAUUUACCAUCUGUACGCGUACGAUGAAGCACUGAAGGCGCUUGGAGAUUUGCUACGGUUCACCACCAUAUCCGAGAGUGACAUUAAUCGACUGCAGGCAAAGCUAGAAGCCGCUCUUGCUGAACUGCGCCCGAAUGCGGUCGGAAUCGUUGAUUCGUUUGACAUCCCGGACGAUGUACUGGGCUCACCGCUCGGUGCCUACGAUGGGAACGUUUACGAGCGACUAUACGAGGAGGCAAAAAAGAGUCCUCUGAACCAGGAACCCGUGAACCAGUCAUUCCACCUAUAUUUGAAACCGUUCAUGAAGUCAAGCCUUUAGAGAUGUAUAGUUUUAUUGUCAGCAAGCAUCGUCACAC